AUGGCGGCGGCGGAUGUGCGAUCAGUUUAUGAGGCCGAUGGGGUGUCAGUCAUUGGUGAUGUUAAGAGCCCACAGGCGACAGCCACGUUGCUGGCAUGGCAUCAGGCGAUCAAGAUCGGAAUGGGUGGCGAUGAUACGCGGCUGUUGGAGAUUUUGGAUCAGAUUCUGAUCGACGAGCCAGUGUUUCUUGCGCCGACGUACCACAAGGAACGCCGUGACAAGCAGUUCAUCAAGUUCGCGCUGCUCGGUGUUUGCAAGGCCUUCAAGCGCUUCAAGUACACCCGAGCCUUCCUGGGGGACGCGGGAUUCGCACUUGAGUUCGAAUGCAACCUUGGCUCAGAAAACGGGCCUAUGAUGCGAGGCAUUGACCUGGUCACCCUGAAUUCAGAGGGAAAGGUAUCCCGCUUCGAGGUAAUGGCUCGUCCGCCCAAAGCUGUUUUGCACCUGCUCGAGCUGCAGACGGCCUUCAUGACGGAGAUGGGCAUGGUCAAACCGGCGAAAGCAAAGCUUUGA